AUGACAGAGGCCUGGAGCGAGCCCAUAGCUGACGAAAGCAGAUUAGCCCGCUUGGUUUCCAUGGAGACGAGCGGCGCGCAGAGCUGCAGCGCUGGACUGUCAGUGCGUGCAGCGACAGCAGCGGUGUCGCGGGGGGUCUGCAGGAGGCUGAAGGAGGCGGGUGCUCGGACCCUUGCUGCAGACAUGGACUUGCCUUGCGAUUGUGCUGCCGGAACUCCGGCCGCCGAUCAGCCGUCAGGGAAGAUUAACAAAGCUGCUUUCAAAUUAUUCAAGAAAAGAAAAUCGGGUAGCAACAUACCCAGCAUAUUUGGGGUCAGAAACAAAGGGGAUGGGAAAGGCUUGGGUCCUCCGGGCAUGGUGAGGAGCAGGACCCACGAUGGACUAGCUGAGGUGGUGGUGCUGGAGAACGGCAGAAAGGAGGAGCCACGCAGCAGGGGCGAUGGUGCCGGUGCGGGCGGCGACCGCAGCGGGGGUCAGGAGAACCCUGGUCCGCCUAGAGCUGCCGGGUCCGGCGUGGGUUUGCCAGCCAGCAGCUCGGUAGCUAAAUCACACAGCUUCUUCUCCCUUUUGAAAAAGAAUGGGAGGUCCGAAAAUAGCAAAGGGGACCCGGCAGAUGUAGGCAAGGCUGGCGGCAAACAAAAGAGGGGCCUACGAGGGCUCUUCAGCAGUGUGCGCUGGCACAGGAAGGACAAACGCUGCAAGGAGGGGGAACGCGAGGUGCGCGCUGGGGGCCCGGGCGGCCUCGCCCUGCCGGGGUCGCUCACGGCCAGCCUGGAGUGCGUCAGGGAGGCAGCGCCCCAACCUGCGUGCGCACAGGAGAACCUCAGCAAGGACACACCGCCAGAUUCAGCAGGUGAGCGUGGAGCGGGAGAGCCGGGGCUGGCCUCCACCGAUCGUGCUGAAGUGCCCCACUGCCGAAAGGCCGAGAGCCCCGGGGUCCCUGACGCCACUACCGCCCAGGGAGAGGACGCCGUGGGGCAUCAGCACGCCGAGGAUCCCCGGGCACACCGUGAGCUGGGCGUUGGGGAGGUCCAGACUGCCGAGGAUGCUUCCAGGACAGGUGACGUUCUGAUAAAGACUAUCCCCCCUGACGACUCCGACUGUGGCAGCGUCCUGGCGUCUGCCGUCCCUGACCCAUCCUCUGUUGAUCCACCCUCAGACCCAUCGGCUGAUCGUAUUUGUUUGAUGUUUUCUGACGUGACUUCACUGAAAAGCUUUGACUCUCUUACAGGCUGUGGAGAUAUUAUUGCAGACCAAGAGGAAGAGGCAGGUCCCAGCUGUGACAAGCAUGCCCCGGGGCCAGGCAAGCCAGCUGCCUCUAAAAAGAACGACAGCGUGGUGGCCUACCAAGGAGGAGGGGAGGAGAUGGCCAGUCCCGAUGAUAUGGACGACACCUAUCUCCAGGAAUUCUGGGACAUGCUCUCCCAGACUGAGGACAAAGGACAAGGGCCCCAAGAGGGACCAGUUAAGGCAGCGGCCACACUGGACGCCAAGGUAGUACCCGAGACCUCCAAGGACACCAGGUGUGCAGAAGUGGCCAAGGAUGUGUCUUUGGUCAAAUGCAGGAGGCUCAACCGGAUUCCCAUCGAGUCCCAUCUCAAGGAAGAGCCUAAGCACCUGCAGAAGGAACAGCAUGAAGGUGUCCCGAACAGUGAUGAGGGCUACUGGGAUUCCACCACUCCGGGCCCAGAGGAUGACAGCACGAGCAGUGGGAAAAAGGCCUGCAUCCCCAGGGACAGCUACAGCGGUGAUGUGCUCUAUGAUCUCUACGCAGAUCCCGGCAGAAGCCCAGCAGUACCCCCUGCCAACGAGGAGACGUCUUACGUGUCCCGGUUAAAACCCGUGUCUCCGGUCACCAUCACCUGCCCACUGCGAACACCAGGCAGUUUGCCGAAGGACUCUAAAAUCCCCAUCAGCGUCAAGCACCUCGCAAAUCUUCCAUCCAGCCUUCCGGUGGUGCAUCAGCAACCAGCCAGGAGUGAAGUGCCCAGAACAAAAAUCCCAGUGUCCAAAGUGCUGGUCCGCAGGGUCAGCAACCGAGGCUUGGCUGGGACCACCAUCAGGGCAGCUGCAUGCCACCAUAGUGCCAAAAAGUUGUGAGGUUCCCAAGACCGAUGUGGAUGGACCACAUGUCAAGGAAUAUAAUCUUCCUUGGAACCAUUAAAAUAAGUUUUGCUUUUUCUAAGGAAAGGCUUUUAGGACUGUCUCUACUGCAGACCCUGAACGGAGGAGGUCUUUUUCUCCCUCUGGGGGAGGGGUGGGGGUGGGCAGGAGACGCUAGAGAGGGGAUGCCACACUGCACACGGGCUUCUCUUCCCAAGAUAAGUCCCUGGGAAUUAUUUUCAAGCACUUUUUUCUUUUUUAAACCUUUUAAAAACUAUUUUUCUGUUUUUUCUUUAAUGUACUGAAUAUUUGGAAGUCACCUUUACUUGCCUUUGCAGAAAAUAGGGCUUAACCAAACCUAAGUAAGCAUCACACCAUGUUUGGCCAUGGUGUGAUGGGUCCAGAAGGCCUGGACCAGCCACUGCAAGAACCAGAGGAGUCCUCCUCUUCCAUGACCCUCCCUCCCUCCCUCUCUCCCUCCCUCCCUCCCUCCCUUCCUUCUUCCUUCUUUUCCUUUCCAGGUAAAAAAAGACCCUUUGCUGUAGCAGUGUGAGGAAAACACCUAGGAAGCUGAAAAACCCAGGUAUUUACUUGAUGGGCAAAGGGCAUCAAUGAUUGGCAGAAUUUUUUUCUGUUUUCAGUUGCUAGGUAUGCAAAUAGGUAAAUAUCUACCACUGGAACAAGAAAGGAAAAUUUUGGUUUGGUUGGUUUAGGUAAUUUGUGUUUGUGGAGAAAAAAAAGCUCAGCAGAGCAGGUUUUUCCUUUUUAAAUUUUUUAUUUUUAAAAUUUUCCACCCUAUGCAGAAAUCAAGAUUGGGGAAAGAUUUCAUUAAAUGCCAUCAGACCAAGUAUUUUAAUGUUCAUAAAUUAUCACCUUUUCAUGUAAAGAUAGUGCAUAUUUUACAGUUUAUCCUGCUGUUAAUGUUUUAUAAUCUGUCCAUAACCUCAAGUUUAAAAUCUGGUUUUAUAGCUAGAUAUGAUAACUAUCCCCAAACCAUUGCUAUUCUUUUGUGUGCUGUCACCUGGAGCAAUUCUUAUAUUAUUUUUGUCUUAUAUGGGUUCUCUGGCUCUCAAUGCAGAAAAACAAACAGACAAGACAAACACACAAACAAACCCACAACAAUUAUUGUGUUGGUAUUUCAGAGCCAUGGUUUUGCCUUGUCCUGGAUAAGAAUCUAAUGUGUUUCUUACCCCAAACCUUGGUUUUUCAGAGAUUUUACCUUUGUUGUAAAAAACUUUGGAUUCAACCAUCCCUCAACAUGGGGACUUCAAAAUGAGGAAAACAUAACAUAUAACAAUAGAAAAAUAUAGUUUUUAAUAUCAUUUGAUGUCUGCUUUAUGACUUAUGAUUGAGAUAGGUAUGUUCAGAAUAAAACACUGGCAAGGAUAUAUAUCAUAAACUAUGCCAAGAUUUUUUGAAUAGUGGCUUACUUUGUGUACAUUCUCUAUUAUUUGAGAGGAAAUAUUUAUUUCAGAAAGUGUUCCUAUACACCUAGGUAGUUUGGAUGAUAAACUAAAGCAGUUCCUAGAAUGCUAUUAGGAUCUAAUUCUAUAAUAUUGUCUGAAAUGCACUCCGGUGCAUUUCAUCAAAAGACCAGUUUCCACUAGGAGGUGAUUCAUGGCAUCAGGAAUGACAUUAACACUUCUACAUAACUAAUUUUCCAGAGAGAUUGCCUAAGUAAUCAACUGAUAUUACAUGUUUUUUAAGUUUGUUUUAUAUUUUAUAAAGGAAAGAAUAAGGCAAGUUAAGCAUAUGAGAAACCACUUGAAUAAUAUGAAGGAAGUAACAAAAUAAACAGAUAUCAAAGGAAAACAAAUCUGAGCCCACAACACAAAGCAGGUUGUUUGUCAUUUUAAAUCUGCAACAAUUGAAUUAGAAAAGGUGAUGGAGUUUUGCCAAAUUUCUUUAUUAGUUACAUUACCAGCUUAUUGCAUUGUCAGGACCUUAAUGUUAUUUCAGAGUAAUGUUUUAAUGUUUAAAUUUCUUGUGUCCAUAAUUGAGAUACUCAGAAAUAGCCUUUAGAACUCUGAGUAUACCACUAGGAAUUCAUAGAACAAUUUACACUCACACCAGCACAUGCACUUAGCUGUGCACACCUAGCAGACAAAGGCAUCUGCUGUAAAGUUGGUAGUCUUUGAAAUUAUUUCUGUCUUGAGAAAGGGUCAGAUAUUUGUUUAAAUUUGAUUUAAUAUGAAUAGUACUAUUUAGACUCAAAAAUAAGUUCAUUUUCCCCUAGUGAAUGAAAACAUAAAGUGUGUUCCUAGCUGUAAAGUGAAACACCAUUAUUUUCUUGUGCAUUCCCUUGCAAGGAUUAUAUUUUCCUCAGUAUGGAUUCAUGACAAAGUUAUGAUUGUUCAUUUGCUCAGUUGUACAGGAAAGUUAAGAGUGCCUGAAGUACUGAUGAGAAUAUUGUAAUAGUAAAGGCAUUCUAUUUGUUUUGUAAGCACAGAAACAAACUAUUUUUGCUUUCACAGAUUUGAGACUUAUUUCUGCAUUUACACAGCUAUUCCAUGUCUCCUUUAUAUAAGUAAAGGAAGAUGGCAGCAAAGUUUACUUUAAUUUCCCCUUGCUUGUUUGUUAACUAUUUAUACAAGAUUUAAAAUAGUUUCUUCCUCUUCUUUUUAUACAUUUUUCAUGUUUUUUAUUAUAUAUCUUUAAGAAUUCUACCUACACCAGUCAAAUAAAGGAUUCAGGCAGUGAAUUAAAUGCCUUCCAUCACUUGAUGGGAAAUCAGGACCAAUGCAGGAAGAGGGGGUCUUAACCUUUUCCAACCAUAGACAAGGGAUCAUAGCUGGUUUUCUGUGCCAAGGGCUACUUUCUCUCAUUCAUGUUCACUGAAAGUAUUUUUUUAAUUUUAAUAAAUUUCCAUUCCAAUUAUUAUUAAUGUGUUGUCUAAUUUGGCCAUGUUUCCCAAUCUUUUUAAAGAAAAGGGUUGGAUAUGGGCUGAUGACAGAUUUCCUGUGUAUGAGUCUGAGAUACUUGGUUAGUUAAGUCCCUUCAGUCAAAGAGCUGACCAAAUUAGAAAAGAAAAAUCAAAUCAGUUGUUGGCCCUAAAUUUAUCAAUUUAAUAGCUCUGCACAAAGACAGCCUGAUGUUAAUAUCUACAUUAUACAGACAGUGUUACUUGAACCACUCUGCUUGAUGCUAAUGGUGAUUAAUGCUUUUAUUCUCUCAUCAGCACCAAUAGGGGAAAAUUUUACUACAGCAUUUUGAAUAAUCACAAGAGGAAAUAGAUCUUUAUUAUUUCACCUAAUAACAACAACACAAUGUAGGACUUUAAGGAUUUCUUUCAGAUACAUUUUCCACAAAUUACUGCCUACUUAAAUGCAAAGUGUUUAACAUCUAUGAAGGUGAUGACUUGCUGAGUUUAAAGGGUUUAGUCAUCAAUUUUGGAAAUAUUAAAAAUAAUUUUUCAAGUAUUUGCAUUUAAAAAAAUUCAAGUAAACCCUUUCCCUACACAGUUAUCAAGGUAAAAGGCUAUAUUGGAUAUGAAAAGUUCUCUGAAUUUUCUAAGAUUUUUCAUUAUUGGUAGCUUAGAUUAAUUUUCAGAGAAUUUUUACCUCUAACUUUGCCAAGAGGAGUUGAGUGAUGGAGCUCUCUGUCCUCUCCCUGUUUCCAUCGUUUUUGUCUCAUGCCCUCUGAUAGCAGUAAUGGGACCCUUCUCAUGAGUUAGUUCUUUUGACAUUUGCAUAGCGGAACUCAUUUCCUGUGCUUAGUCAUUCUAGAUUUUUCUCCUAAAUGAUGAUUAUCUGGACUUGACCCUCUGUGCCUGGCUGCUACUGAGACAUGUUCUAGUACAUUCACAUAUACUUCGCUCCCCUUAUCAUUGUUAGAAAAUUAAUUUGGAAAUUUUAUACUCUUAAAAAUAAGGGGGGAAAAGGAUCACAGUCACCUCCUAUCACCACUGAGGCUAGCCAAUUAAAAGUUCCUGGAUGGAAUGAGAGGAGACACGAAAAUGCCUCUUGGCCUCUUUCCCUUCCCUUCUCCAGGACAGUUCUUAGAAAUGUUCAACUCACUACAUAAAAAAAUUUAUAAAACAGUUAGAAAUCAAAGGGCUAGUAUGGCAGACUGGUAUCUAAUUAUAGCCUGUGUGGGCAAUGCAAGAAGCAAGCAUUUCCUUCAUUUAAGAAAAAGCUACUGUAACAUUGUCAGGUGAUGUGCAAGUGUGGUCCCUCCUCAGGGCAGUCACUGGUUCUGCGGCCCCUUCCCACUCUGAAGAUUUUCUGAUGGCUGCCAGGGGUGCUUCUCAAAGCAUUUUCACUGUGAUGAUGGUCUAAAGGAGACAGUUUGUUGCAACAAUAACCACUUGUAUGGAAUAUUACCUCUUUUCAGAUCAUGUUUUUAAGGAGUGACUUAGAAUGAUAGUUUUAUGAUUAGGGAGAGUUCCUUCUCAAGCUGAAAAGACUAAAAUAAUCACAAGGCCUCCAGAACCCAAAUUGGGCACAUUUUAUGUUGGAUGUUUAAUUCAAUGUAACACAUAUUCACAGGGCAUAUACUAUAAAAUACUGUAGCUAAUACUUAAUAAAAAUCCAUUCAAUUUGGAGCUCACACUUAGCUAUACUAUAAUUGGACUUAAUAUUCAUUAAAACACCUUUAUUUUAUUUUACCUAGCUUUUUAAAAAAUUUUGUUGCUUAUAGUUUGUGGGGCAGAACAGAAUGGAUGAGCUUGAACAAAUUCCUUUAAAAAUAAGAAGAGUAGCUGUAACAAUGAUUAAGAGUUGUGGAGUACUCACUGAGUGCAGUAACUGCUAGGGGCUUUACAAGCCAUUCUUUUUUUAAAUUUUACUUGUUUAUCGUUAGAAGAGAAGGGAAGGAGAAAGGGAGAGAAAUAUCAAUGUAUGGUUGCCUCUCAUGCAUCCCUGACUGGGAACUGGCCUGCAAGCCAGGCAUGUGCCCUGACUGGGAAUCGAACCAGCCACCCUUUGCUUCACAGGCCCGUGCUCAAUCCACUGAGCUACACCAGCCAGAGCCUACUAUGAAAUCUUUAAUUCAUCCUUUUUGUUUGUUUCUAUUCCAUUCUAUCACCCCUCCCCCAAUUUCUUCUAGUUUUUGGAACAGGGAUAUAAAUUCUUCCUGUGAGUAACUUAUGAUAAUACAAGAGCUAAUAACUGCUUCAAGUGAUAACCAGCUCAUUUUCCUUAGGAAAAAAACUGGCCCAUGUCAUGAAGCUGGAAAUUGUUUUUGUGUCUAAGGUGAUGGUGGUCACACCACUGACAGGGAAACCUGCCCCAUUGUAGAAUUAAUAGGCAGACAAUCUGCCUUCCUUUGACACAUCCUCUCCUUCUGGGGAGUAUCAUCAAAAGUAUGGACAGAGAUCUCUUCUGUUGUCAUGGUGACACUUCUUCCCUGAUAGGAUAUCAGUCAUUUCAAGCAUGUUUCACUUGUUCUGAGUUUUCUCUGUUGUGUGUUUAGAUAAUAACUAGUUAAGGAACUCCUUGACACAAUUCUGAACUUCAGAGAUAAGCUCCUGGCUCUUUCUAAAGUAGUACCUCCUACCUUUUGUCUAUAGCCAUUGAAUCCUAGCCUAUAUUUUUUCAUUAAUUGAUUCAUUCAUCUAAUAUCUAUUGAAUAUUUAUUGUCUGUCACUGUGAAUUUGAGCAUUUUAUAUUAAAUUAAAAUUACUUAGCACAUACUGUGUGUUCACCCUGUGCUGGGAUGGUGCUCUGUACUUUUCUUCCCGUUGUGAUUGCCACUGUUCACAAGAAAAAGGCAAGGUAAAGAAAAUCAUGCUCACAAAGGUGAAAUAUCUUGUUCAAGUCACCCAUUUAAUAAAUAGUGGACAGAACGUGAACCAGAAAUCUAACUCUAUAGCUCAUGCUUUAAUUAUGUCUUUUUUAGCCAUAUGAUUAAAUUUUUGUAUAAUUUAUUUUAAGUAAGAAACUGAGCAGAGUUCUGAACUGCAAGAGCCAAGCCAGAUAUUUACCAUGUUGAUACCAUUAAAAUGAUGACUAGUUUAGCUAAAAGUGAACUUGUUAAAAAAAUUACUUCAUGGCUUUAUACGUGUAAGUCUAAAAGGGAAAUUUCAGAGUCUCAGGUUUAUCCUCACCUGGGCCAGUCCACACCAUGGAUCAUAUUCACCAAUUAGAGUUACAUACUAGCAGAUCUAUUAUUACAUACAGAUUUUAUAACCUAAUGGCUACUUUGUCAAUAAUAGAACCAAAAGCAAUUUCAGUAGUGAAUCCAGUAGGUAGCAACCUGAGUUUCCUUCCACUGUGAUUCUAUUAAGAUGCCACUCUUGGUACUUAGGAAAAAUUUGUUUAAAAUUGCAUUGUAAUGACAGUUAAUGAGGCUAUUUUCCUAAUAUAUGGGCUAGCUACACUUGAUUAAAAAUAUCAGACCUCAUUUUAAUUAGAUGUAGUAGAAGAUUUCAAUAACAGGUGGUCAUUCUAUUGAGUUAAAAAUUUUCAGUAAUUGGGUAGACUUUCUGCUUUAUGGGAGAAGAUAACAGUAACAAGAUAGAACUUAGAUUACUGGUUGUUGGGUACAUAUUAAACUUUCUCAGAUACAUACCUGGGUCAUUUAAUAAACUAAGGAAUUGUAAAAAUAUCUGGUCAAAUUGCAAAGGGGCACAAUAGAUACACAGUAAAUACUUCUUAACAUGUCAUGAAAUGGGCCUAGGUAGCCUAAAGGAAUUAAUGAGUCUACUAAAAUACCUACAUUAUAACCAUUUAUUCCCCAUUACACAGUUAUUUCUAAAUACAAGAGGAGAAACUUUAACAAAUAUAUAACAUUUGUAUUGCUCCCAGGGUUAAUCUAACUAAACAUGGGUGAUUUGAUUUAUAGUAGUAUUUUUAUAAAGAAUAUCAGGGGAAAUGGUUUUAAUGUCAUGGGCAAAGUAAAUUCCUGUCAUUUUUACUUGAUCCCAGGUGUCUAUCAGGCUCAUUGCUAACUUCAGGUUUUGUCCAAGUUGUUUAUAUGAAAUAUCUCAGUGUAAUAUGGGGAAUUGCAGGUUAUUUGAAAAUAUUGACAAAGAAAACACAAAUGAGAAACUCCAUUUUUAUAAUUAGUUUUCCCAAAAGUCAGGCAUGUCUUUGAGAACAAGCUUUUGGCUAUAUUAUUUUUGUGCACAGGAGGAAAAAUUAUUAGUAGGAUUAUAGAUAUUAUUUUUAUAAUAGAAUGUUAAAUUCCCCCAAAACAUCAAAAAUUGUCUCCUAAAACUAUGCUAUGUUUUUAAAACUUGUUUUAAAAAAGAUUCUAAAUAGCAAUAGGGUCUUUUCUCCUUCUCCAGUCCAAUGAUUUAAUGGGAUAGAUGAACCAAUGUUUAUAUUUUUAAACCUGUAAAUAUUUUAUUUUCAGUAUUUUGUAUAUUUGUUAAUAUAAUUCCAUUUUGUGCAUAUGUAUCAUUGUGCAUGUUUCUGGGUUUGAUAGUCACUCUUUUAAGGAAUGUAAGAAGCUUGGACUAACAGCGUUUUUCUUGUCUCAUUCAAACAUCCUAAAAUGAAAAUAUGACAGUGCCAUUUUACCCAUUGUGUUUA